GCUGGACUGCUGGCGUCAAAGAAAUUGACUCCAGAUCAAUUCAAAGGAAGUGACUCAAGGGACUAAUUCCAUGACUAGUGGCACACUGCACGCCCAGUGUCGCUCGGGUGAAGCUCAGUAAAAAUCGCUUGUAAACGCAGGACUGCUUACACACGAAAGACUGCACUGCCUUCAAGACUGGAUCUUAGGUAAGAGUUUAGACUUUAGACAGAGAAGUGUUUAUAGGCCUGCGAAAAAAAACGGCCCGUGAAAAUUUACAACCAGAAUGACUUCAGAUAACACUCUGCAUGGAUAGUCUAGAAGCAGGAGCUGAUCGAGGACAGAGUCGGAGGUUGGCAGACAGGUGUGGGCAGGUGUAACCUGGCCGUGAUGGAUAACAUUACAGGGCCCUUAGUGAAUCUCUCCAGGGCGGAGGUAGGGUUGGUGGAACGGGUGGUGGUGCCCAUUCUGGACACCCUCAUCCUGGUGACCGGUAUUCUGGGACACUCACUGGUCAUCCUCAUCCUGUCCCGGAAACAGAGGGGACGAGGAGGUGGCGGGGCGACCAACGGGAGCGGACCGGCGGGAUCGGCGAGCGGCCAGGCCACGGACACCCUCCUGCUGUCGCUCAGCGCCGCCGACCUGCUCCUGCUCGCCUGCCUGCCCUUCCACACGGUCGCCAUAGCGACGGGGCACUGGCCGUUCGGCUCGGCCGCGUGCAAGCUGAUGGGCUUCCUCGGCGCGGCGUGCACCUCCGCCAGCGCCUUCACGCUCGCCGCGCUGGCCGUCGCCCGCUACCUCAUCGUGGCGCGCCCGGCGAAGGCCUACCGCUGGUGCAGGGACGCCCGCCGCGUCAAGAUGGCCGCCGCCGCCCUCUGGGCGCCCGCCGCCGCCCUGGCGGCGCCGCAGUUCACCUGGCGCACGCUGGACUCCGGCGCCGACGUCGUGCGGGAGCGCCCGCGGGACCUCGUCUGCUUCAACUUCCUGUCGCCCGAGGGCCAGGUGGCGUACGGCGUGUGCCACUUCCUGCUGGCGUUCGCGCUGCCCCUCGGGGUCAUCGCCGUGGCGUACGGGCGCAUCUACGUCUUCCUGCGCCGGACCCGGCUGCGGCAGACCACGGUGGACCGACUCGAGCGCUACCAGAGCCAGGUGACCCAAACGUCGGCGUUGCUGGUGGUGGCCUUCGCCCUGUGCUGGCUACCGUCCUACGGCUUCAUGUUCGCCCAGCUGGCGGACGACGCCACCGUGACCGGCACCGCCCCGCGCCACGGGGGGUUCGCCACGUUCGCCCGCGUCAUGGCCACCUCCGCCACCGUGGCCAAUCCCAUCCUCUACAGCUUCAUGUCCCAAAAGUUCCGGAAGGAACUCACAGAGCUGGGCCGGAGGAGCUGUAAGGACCGAUUUGUGUGACGGACCAGGCUGAAAACCUGGAGUCUUCCAAAGAAAGGACUUUUGAACACAUGCUUACAGUAUUAGCCUACUAAAAUAAACCUACUAACAAAAACUUGUUCUGAUAAUCUGAUAAAGUCUUCCACAAUUCAAAGACCUCUGCAGCACGACGAACACAGAACAGUAGAGCAGUAAACGAAGGUUAUGCAUAUAACCACGGUUCUAUGAAUUUCGGAUGACCGCCAGAGCUUGGCAGUCACUCGGAAUAUCCACGAGAAGAUUGCCAAGAGGUCGUAUCCUGGGUUGACCUGCCUUUUGUGCCGGCGCACAGGGCAGACGUCACCCAGGUCACAGGUGACUUUGUUGAUAAAAACACUCGACCUACACGUACGUGUGAUGGAUAUCCAGGUGCUGAAAGCACCGCCUCUGGCGGUCAGAAGAAAUGAAAUAGAACAGUCACUUCAUCAUGUCACUUUAUUCUCAUUGGGAUGAUGCUGUGUUCAAGUUCACCAUGGUGAGUGCAGUCAUCAGAUGUGCACAACUUUGGGUAGUGUGUGUGUGUGUGUGUGUGUGUGUGUGUGUGUGUGUGUGUGUGUGUGUGUGUGUGUGUGUGUGUGUGUGUGUGUGUGUGUGUGUGUUGUCUGAUUUACUGUAGCGUCUCCGCUAAAGGUGGGAAAAGAUGACCUGACUGUUCGGUUACAGUUAAUCACGUUGUGUAGGGCGUGGCUGUAGCCAACAACAGCCUGAAAAUAAAGAUAAUAUUCCAUUG